AUGGGACAUGGGAAGAAAAAGGAAGGGAAGGGAGGGACAUGGGAGGAAGAAGAAGAAAGGCAGGAAGGGACAUGGGGAGAAGAAGAAGAAGAAGAAGAAGGGAAGGGAGGGACAUGGGAAGAAGAAGAAGAAGAAAGGCAAGAAGGGAUAUGGGAUGAAGAAGGAGAAAGAAUAAGAGAAGAAAGGAAGGAAGGGACAUGGAGGAAGAAGAAGGGAAGGGAGGGGCAUGGGAGGAAGAAGAAGAAGAAGAUGGGACAGAUGGGACAAGGAAAGAAAAAGAAGAAGGGAAAAAAAAGAAGUAGUAGAAGGAGAAGAAGGAAGAAGAAGAAGAAAAAGAAGAAGAAGGAGAGGGCAUUAAGGAGGUCAUAUCUCCCUCAUGCUAGGGUAGGGGAGGGGAUAAAGGGGGAGGAGCAAAAGGAAUGGGAGAGGGGAGGAUCAUGGGGAGUGGAGGGAAAGGAGAGGAGGAGGAUCUUGGGGGAUGGGAGUGGGAACAAAAGUGGAGGAGGAUCCGAGGGGAGGGGGUGGUUAAUACGAGGAGAGGGAAUCCAGAGGGGGAGGAGGUAG